UUGCUUGACCCUCACUUCAGCUGAGACCAGAUGAGGAGGAUAAGGCCAACGAGGACAGCACGCUCGGGAGGUGAACUCACAGGCCCACAAGGCCCUGCAGCUGGCAGGGGGCCAAGGUUCUCCGACCAGGCAUGAAGCCCGAAGAACGAGCCAGCCAAGGGCUUGGCAUGAAGGCACUUUGGGAGGCCUACCUGUCAGCCGUACCCCAGGCUUACCCAUUCCAUCCUCUGCCCAAAAGCCAAGCAGUCCUCUUCGAUCCUAACUUUUCCAACCCACGGCAAGUCCCGUCCACCUUACCUCCAGCCACUUGGCCGCCGCCACCCACGCCCAAGCUGCUCGCCUCUCGCUUGGACAGCCACCCUGCCUCGCUGGGGUCACCUCCUGACCCCUCAGCCUUGGCCUCUAAAAUCCGUUCUCCACUCAUCGGCACGACGGUGCCACACCAUCUUUCUGAGGCCCCACCCACACCCCACCCGCCUUCUUGGCCUCCACCAGAUCCUGUCAGCUAUUCAAGCUUUUUAAAGAAACUGAGCACAGCAGCUUUGGCAUCAGGCUAUGAAGAGAUGAACUGAACAGGAGGAGAGCUCAGAGGCACAACCAUGCAUGAAGGAGAACGUGUGCUUGUGACGGAGAGACACCACCAACGGGUGGGGAAAAGACUCAUACGUGGUGUUGAGACAGUUGUGAUCCAUAUGGAAAAAAAGUAAAAUUAGAUCCCCACCUCAAGCCACACACACACUCCAGGUGGAUUCAAGGCCUACCUGUGAGUGACAAAAGUUUAAUACGUUUAGAAGAAAUUCCAGGAGAAUAUUUUUUAAAUUAAUUAAUUCAUUUUCUUUUUAACAUCUACAUCCAAGUUAGCAUCUAGUGCAACAAUGACUUCAGGAGUGGAUUCCUCAGUGG